CUUAAUUACUUUAAUCAGUCUUUAUCAUAUAUUAAUUAUACGCAUAUGGCACCAGAAUUAAGUCGUGUAGUGUAUCACUUAUUUGGUAUAUGUGUUACAACAGCUUCAGUAGAAAGGCUUUUUUCUACUAUGGGUUUUCUGCAUUCACCAUUGCGUAACAAACUAAAAGUAAUAAUUGCGAUGAGUCAACUUCGUGCAGAGAUUUUGAGAACAAGAAAACCUAAAGAAUCUAAAUUUAAUUACAAUCAAUCAAAUUUAUCUUCGUCAUCUGAUUUUUUAUCAGCCUCAUCUAAUCAAAGUCAAACAUUUGAAUCAAAUAAUGAAGAAACAGACAGUGGCAUUAAUCUUAAAGAGGAUAAUAGUAUUAAUUCUGAAACUGAUUGGGAUUUUGUUGUUAAUGAAUGGGAGGAAUUAUUAAGUGAUGAACAAUUGGAUGAAGAAUCUGAUAAAGAAUCUGAUGACGAGAUAGAUAAUGAAUUGGAUUUUUAUGAUUCUGAAAUUCAUCUGGCAGAAAAUCAAUCAGCAAAAUGGAAAUUGGAAGAUUUAUUUUUAUCUAAUUUGCCACCUUUAGUUUCUGAAUUAUAA